AUGAAUGAUUUCAGGGAAAUACCUAUUUGCCCUACAAAGCAAAUUCUGGAUUCAAAUCUUGACCUUCUCCUGCAAGACAUCAACAUUGAAGGUCCAUUCUCUAGUACACACCACUAUGCGGAUGCAAUGUUUAGACUGCUUUAUGCUGACUUUAUCCAGCCUUUAAAAGAAGCAUUAGCUGAUGUGUAUUCUAAGAAAAGACAUAACAUUAAAUGCUACACCAAUGUCCAAAUUAUUGGCAUGGAUGUGGAUGAUGGCAUCCAUCAUAUGUUGUCCCUGGGCACUGGUGGUUCAGGUUCCAGCUUCAAGAAUGGAAGCCUCUUAUGCUUAUCUUGUGAUCAAUUUAAUUCAAUCGGUUUUGCAACAGUGAUUAACAAAGACAAAAAUAAGCCAACAAAGGAAGUUGUCUUUGUGAAGUUUGAAAACUGUUUGGAUUUUAUUUUUAGCUGUGCAAGUGAUACCAAUUUUAUAAUGUUUGAAAGCCCAUGUUUUUUUGAAGCUUACAGCCAUGUUUUAGAGGGAUUGAAAGAAAUGGCUUCCCUUCCUCUGCCAAUAGAAAAUUAUCGUGUAUUUGGUUAUACUAAAGUGCAACAGCCAUCAUAUUUGUCAGGUUCUUCUCAGUAUAACUUGUCAACUUUGUUUAGGCAAGGGGUGAAUGCCCAAUACUUUAAUCCGUUCUCUCCAUCCCAGUGGCCUGAUGCUAAUAGACUAGGUCUGAACAAACAGCAACUGGAGGCUGUCAAAUCUGCCCUCACCAAAGAGUUGUGUUUGAUUCAAGGACCUCCUGGUACUGGAAAAACUUUCAUCAGUCUUGUCAUCAUGAGACUGCUUCUAGAGAACAGAUGGGUGGUCAUUUCUCAUAGAAACCCCAGUCCGAUUCUGGUAGUCUGUUAUACCAACCAUGCUUUGGACCAGUUUCUUCAAGGUGUUUUACAGUUCUGUACUGAAGGUCUGGUUAGAAUUGGGGGCAACAGUACCUGUGAGGACCUUGUGAGAUUUAACCUGAGAAAUGUGAGAGAAAACUAUCAAAAGCCGCGUGGAUUCUUUAAAUCUAUCAAUGGUUGUAAUCGACAGCUGAAGAAGCUUGGAAGAAGUUUGAAAGAAAAUUAUGAAAAAAUUUGCUAUGCAAAUGAUUUCAUUCUUGAUGUGCUCCUCCUACAAGACUAUAUGAAUCCUAGUCAUUUUCAAAGUAUUAGAAGUUCCUCUCAUAAUGAAGAUAUUUUAUAUUGCUGGCUAGGGGGAGAUUCAAAUAAAAAUAAUAUAGCACAGGUCUUUGAUAACUUAGAUUCUUGUGACCCUAUGGAUUCUACAGAAGAAAAUACACUGAGGCAACUCUGGAAAUUAGACCAAACAACUAGAUACAGACUGUAUAAAUUGUGGUUAUCCAGAUAUUUGAAUGAGAUUAAAAGAAAUUUUCUCAUAAAUUUAGAAAACUAUGAAGCAGUGCUAGCCAAGAAAACGCAGGUUAGACAAGAAGAGGAUUUGGCUAUACUAAAAGCCUCCAGGGUUGUAGGUGUAACUACAACAGGAGCAGCCAAACGCAGAAAGCUUCUUCAAGCCGUAGGGGCGACUAUUGUGAUAGUUGAAGAAGCUGCAGAAGUUUCAGAGCCGCACACCAUAACAGCAAUCAGCCAACAUUGUGAGCAUUUGAUAUUGGUGGGGGAUCACCAGCAGCUCAGGCCCAAGACAGAGUCCUACGAGCUGGCUAAAACCUUUGGUCUGGAUAUAUCACUCUUUGAGAGGUUAAUUAAGAAUAAUUUGAACUUCAUCCAACUCAAGGAACAACAUCGUAUGCGCCCAGAAAUUUCUAUAUACGCCAGGCAUAUUUACCCUGAAUUAACUGAUGGGGUUUCAGUUUUAUUGAGGCCACCAGUCAGAGGUUUAGAGAAAAGUGUUCACUUUAUAAACCAUGCUUUUCUUGAAGACAGUGUUAAUGCUACUAAGAGCAAAAGAAACAAAUAUGAAGCAAGGUAUCUGACAAAACUGUGCCAGUAUCUGAUACUUCAGGGUUACUCUGAUACAGAGAUAUCCAUUCUUGGGAUGUAUGAGGGGCAGGUCAGUUUAAUCAAACAGUAUGUUAGUAAGGUGCCUGCUGUGAGGGAUGUUCUGGUGACAACUGUUGAUAAUUUCCAAGGAGAACAGAACAAAAUAAUUCUUUUGUCUUUGGUGCGGAGUAAUGACCGAGAAAAUAUUGGGUUUCUGAGUUCCGACAACAGAGUCUGCGUGGCCAUGACCAGAGCACAGCAUGGACUCUAUGUGCUCGGCAAUAUUGAUUUGCUUGCUCGGAAAAGCAGACUUUGGGGAAAUAUAAAACAAUCAGCUGAGCUGGAGAAAUGUAUUAGUCCAAUAUUGAAGUUGACUUGUGUGCAGCAUGAUAGCUACCAAAUUAAAGACAUUUCUAGGUUUGAUGAUGUUAUAAAGACUGGCGGGUGUGGGAAGCUAUGUCAGAAAAAACUGACCUGUGGGCAUGUCUGUCCUUAUCUUUGUCAUGUCACUGACCACAAAGAUUUGGUGUGUCAGCAGGACUGUCUCAAUGCAUUUGGUUUUGACAAUAUUUACAGUGAUAGGAAUUAUACAGCAAUGGCAUUAGGUUUGUAA